UCUCAAUUUUAAUUUGAUUGGUAAUUCACGAAAGGCCUUAUGAAUUAUAAUACUACCAUUCAUGGCAAAACGGCAGUUUUUGCAUCAUUAAAUUAAUCUGCAGUGUUCGAAUCAAAACAUGAUUAUUCAAAGCACACUCGUCAAUUCUUACACGCAUAAACAGCUACCUUCAAGCAUUUGGCCUUUUGUUGCCGUCCCAGUAUUCUAUUCACAAAUUCCACUAAUUUAAUCCCACCAAUUUCUCACUUCAAACCCAAGUCUCUUUGUCUAUCGAGUCCUGAUUUGUUUUUGGUUUCUCCUAUUCGAAAUUUGUAAAAACUACUAAAAAAUUGGACAAAUGAAGCGGUACAGAAAUGGAGAAAUCUGGGAUUUUGAGCAUGAAAAGAUUGCAGUUGGUGGUGCUUUUAUUCGUGAAAAUAGUAUAUUUAAUGUUAAUAAGAUGACUCACAGUGGCCGUAAAGUGAUAUUGGGUAUAGACGGCGGGACUACAUCAACUGUGUGCGUAUGCAUGCCUUUGAUACCCUUCACUCAGCCCCUUCCCGACCCACUGCCCGUGCUCGCCCGGGCAGUGGCCGGCUGCUCCAACCACAACAGCGUUGGAGAAUCUGCUGCUAGGGACACAUUAGAGCAAGUUAUGGCGGAUGCUCUUACAAAGGCAGCUUCUACUCGUUCUGCUGUUCAAGCUGUCUGUCUUUCUGUAGCUGGCGUUAACCAUCCCACAGAUCAGGAUCGUAUACUUAAUUGGCUUAGAGAAAUAUUCCCCAGCCAUGUCAGAUUAUUUGUUCAGAAUGAUGCUGUGGCAGCUUUGGCAAGUGGGACAAUGGGAAAGCUUCAUGGGUGUGUUCUCAUAGCUAGUACAGGUACCAUUGCUUAUGGAUUUACAGAAGAUGGAAGAGAAGCUUGGGCUGCUGGUGCAGGACCCAUUUUAGGUGACUGGGGAAGUGGAUAUGGUAUAGCUGCACAGGCACUGACUGCAGUAAUACGGGCUCAUGAUGGUCGUGGUCCACAGACUUCACUUACACUUGGUAUCUUGCAUAAACUCAACCUGUCUUCACCAGAUGAACUUAUCGGGUGGACAUAUGCAGAUCCAUCUUGGGCUCGGAUUGCAGCUCUUGUUCCUGUUGUGGUUUCUAGUGCAGAAGCAGGCGAUCUGGUGGCAAACAAGAUCUUGCAUGAUGCUGUCCAAGAAUUGUCUUCGAGUGUGAAGGCUGUAGUCCAGAGACUUGAUCUAUGUGGUGAAGUCAAUUUCAGAAUCCCUUUCCAAGUGCCAACCGAUAUCAGAAUACACACACUGCAUGUGCCGCACCACUCCACAUAAGAUCUGCUGCUAUGUGGUUUCAACUCCUAUUGACAUAUCCACCAUGUGAAGCCACCUUUAUGCUAUCACAUAAAGGUUGCAGUGGGUGCCUAAUCCAUUUACUUGCAGGUUGGUCCUAGCCUUUCUUUUUUCAUGUACAGAGGCAAGACCUAGGAAAUAGAGAUAUGCCUUCAGUUACUUUAAUACAUGAUUGAAGGAGUUGUUGAAAUCUCACCAGUUAUUUUCUGAAAGCUGACCUGCUUGUGGUGAGAUAUUGCUAGCCUCUGGGUGUCCAAGAGCACCCAUUCUCUUCUUGAUGUGUUCAAAAUUCUGAAUCCAUAAUGACAUUUUCUUCCUUCCUUUUUAUCCCUGGGUGGCAUUGGGAAGGAGAUAGCAUCACCAACCACAUUCUGUAUCUUCAAAUAAACUGGAAAGAAAGAAAACCUUUUCAAAAUAAUACAGACUUCUCUUACACAACUUCACAAGUAAUGGAAAAAAAUGCUCAAAGAGCUUAAUGAAAUGUUUUAGGGUUGCAAGGACAAGCUGCAUCAUAUACUAUUUAUUGGUCGAGCUUUUCAUUCUUUAGUCUGUGGCAUUUGUGUCAUAUCAUCUCUUGUCAGUAUUGUUUCAAUAACUAGCUGCAUAAUAUUUUAGACUGAGAUUUGCUUGCGAUAUUCUUGAAUAGGGAGAGAGGUUCUCUUGUACAUAAUAUUUCUCCUCAUCCGAUCCAUUUGAUAUACUAAUACAUAAUAUUACGCAAGAGGACAAAAUCCUGCAGCAGCUGUUCGUAUUAAUUGAAAUAUUUUAUACAAUUA